AUGCCUAUCACCGUGUCGUUGAACAACCAGCAGCAAUGCUACGCUGGAAAUGACCGAAUCAGAGGUCGCAUUGUCUUUCAAUGUUCCACCCCAACGGAGAUUCAGGACAUUCGCGUGACAUUCUCCGGGCGCGCAAAGGCGAAGGUGCAGAAGACCAAGGGAUCCGCAGCCCCUGCCGCUAGCUAUCGAAGCAAGUGUAUGCUUUUCGAAAAAGAGAGGAUCCUAUGGCACCCAAAUGGCGAUACAGUUGCCCCUGAUACCUAUGAAUGGCCAUUUGAGUUUGUCUUUCCAUCACAUGUCCAAUCCGCGUCUUCAAGAUGGCCAGAAACAUUGCCUUUCCGCAGCGACGCAAAUCAUCCCUUGCCACCAACCUUUGCAACGCAAACUCAUGAUUCUUUACGGAAGCUGGAGUGCACCAUCGAAUACCGAAUCGACGCCCAAGUGUUUAGACCACAGCGAGGGAUUUUAGGGAGAAAGUCACCAUUGUUCUCUGAGGUCAUACGAUUGAACUUUCUGCCGCUUGAAGCUAGAUUGGAAUUGAAGAGCACAGAUGACUACCCCACGACAUAUCAGCAACAGAAGGAGCAGCUUUUCAACAUUCGAAGCAUGCUUCUACUCCCAGAAAACAAGGGAAGAAGCUUAAAGGUGCAGGAGAAGAUCCAGUCAUGGCUUUCACCUGGUCAGCUGCCUCGGUUCAGCUUCAAAGCGUCUUUUUCCUAUCCCACACGCCUGGUACAAUCCACACCAAUUCCAUGCUUCUUAGAUAUAACGCCGUUUAUGGAGGACUCCUCUGUUACAUCACCUCCCGAUAUUGUGAUGCAAUCUUUGUCCAUCUCCAUGGUCAGUCAAACUGCCGCUCGGGCCGCUCCGUCCCUAAUGGGAGCAUUAUCGGGCCAAGUUGACGAGCGGAUUGAGAUACUAUCACGGACGUCGCUCGGUAUGCCAAUUAUGGGUAAAGUGGACUUAGCACAGGCCUUUGGACCUCUUAGAAUCAGGCAGACGGAUGUAUCUUUCCGCACAUUCAACAUAAGCAGGACGUAUCGGUUGUGCGCGUCAUUUUCAUUUGAAUGUGCGGGGAAAACAAGUACCUUUGAUAUUCCUGAUCUUCCUGUGGAGCUAUUGGCAAACUCUCGAGAGCCAGAAAAAGCUACUCAAAGCUUCGAAGGGUGCGUUUCGGAGGCAGAAAGCCCGCCGCCGUAUGCAUCUGCUUCAACCCUGUCAACAUCAUCAAUCAUAACGCCUGAGAAAGUCUGAGUAAUGCUACGCUUCUCUUAAUGGCUAUAUGCCCAGCGCACUAUUCGGUAGCUGCUCUGGACCCGUCAGUUAGGAGAUCCAAGGCAUAACUAAUGGCUUGUGAAAGAUAGACCAAGACAGUGAGGACAAGCCCGAUUGUUGCGACUGCU